AUGGACUUCCUUAAGUCUGCAGUUGCAUCUGCCAUUGCCAAAUCGAGCUCUUUUCCGGUGACUCUUGGAGACCGAAUAGAUCUAGGAGACUCGAUCUGGACUCUGCAUAAUGGCGUGAAGAAGGACGACCAUACAUCAUGUUGCGUCUUCACCUUCGACAUCAACUCCAACAAGGCCAGAUUACCCUUGGCCAAAAAUGCUGCCCGAAGGUUGCGUACUUUACGACAUCCCGGCGUCAUUCGGGUCAUCGACGUGAUCGAGAGCGAGACGCAUAUCUACAUCAUCACGGAAAAGGUCACACCGUUGAGCUGGCACAUCAAGCGCAAGAGUCUGAGCGAAGAGACGAUAAAAUGGGGGAUAUACAGUGUUUCUUCCACCUUGAAAUUCAUCAACAACGAUGCCUCCUCAGUGCACGGUGCCGUUCGGGUCUCCUCGAUAUUUGCCAGCGAAAGUGGAGAAUGGAAAUUGGGGGGCUUUGAAGUGUUGAGUUCGAUGAACGAGGACGAUGCCAUCAUUUAUACCUAUGGAAGCCUAUUACCAGACUCCAAUCGAUAUGCGCCACCAGAAGUUGUGAAUGGAGGCUGGUCUGCCAUUAAAAAGAACCCCCUCGGUGCGCCGGACGCAUACGGGUUGGGGAUAUUGAUUUUUGAAGCAUUCAAUGGGACUUUCAUGGGGAGCGAUCAAUUGGGACAACCAAGGAGCGUACCUGCGAACAUGAUCCAGAGCUACCGGAGGCUGAUCAACCCGAACCCAAAACUCCGGCUCAAUGCUGGCCAGUUUGUUGACCUUGGAAAGAAGACAGGUGGGUUCUUUGAGACACCGCUGAUACACAUCACGGAGGGCGCGGAUAGUUUGGGGCUGAAAAGCGAGGCCGAAAGAGAUGAGUUCUUAGGAGAGCUCGAUGCCCUUACGGACGACUUCCCAGAGGACUUCUUCAAGAUGAAAAUCCUACCUGAAUUGCUCAAAUCGGUGGAAUUUGGUGGCGGAGGACCUAGCGUCUUUGGAGCGAUCAUGAAGAUAGGUCUGAAAAUGUCUGAUGACGAAUUCGAAUCUCGACUUGGACCCGUGAUCAUUCGACUCUUCAAUAGUCCCGACCGAGCAAUGAGAGUGUGCUUACUGGAUAACCUGCCCUUGAUGAUUGAUCGGAUACCCCAGAAAGAUGUCAACAACAAGAUUUGGCCGGCCAUGACCACCGGGUUCACCGAUACUGCCCCAAUAGUCAGAGAACAGACGGUGAAAGGGGUGUUGUCAGUAAUCUCCAAGUUGUCAGAUCGAGCAAUCAAUGGGGAACUACUCCGAUAUCUCGCCAAAACAGCCAACGAUGACCAACCUGGGAUCCGAACGAACACCACCAUCUGUUUAGGGAAGAUUGCUAGGAAUCUUGGAGCUGGUUCGCGAUCGAAAGUCUUGAUUGCGGCAUUCUCCAGAGCACUUCGAGAUCCAUUUGUGCAUGCCCGCAAUGCAGCAUUGAUGGCACUCAACGCAACUAUUGAUGUAUUCGGUGACGAGGACUGUGCUACCAAGAUUCUUCCUGCCAUUUGUAUCAGCCUCAUCGACAAGGAAAAAUUGGUGCGAGAUCAGGCAAAUAAGGCUCUGGAUAUUUACCUUCAAAGAGUGAGGAAAUAUGCAUCAACCAUGCCCGAUAGUGCCCUUCCACUGGAAACUGGAACAAGCGCUCCUGCGACAGCUGCACCAGCUAGGAUGGGGAAUCAGACCGACACAAGUUGGGCAGGAUGGGCGAUCUCUUCGUUCACGAACAAAAUGGCAGGAGCAAGAGGCGAAAUGGCUUCCACUACCACAGUGAACGGCUCAGGGCUACAAAAGACGCAGUCACUUCCGGCGUCAGGCCGAGCAACUCCUACAAUCAAUCUUGUCCAAGAGAAGUCCAUCACCAGCUCACCAAGACCGUCUGCGUCGUAUACAGCCCGAAGCUCGACUUCCCAGCCGCCUCAACCCGACCAGCCUUUCCAAGAUGAUACCAUGGAUGCCUGGGGUACAAUGGACGACGAUGGCGACAACUUCUUCGACGCUUCCGCCUCCAAUCAAGCCGCCAAAGCUCCGGGCGCUGCACCUAGUGCUGCCUUUGACGACGGCGGAGAGCCAGAUUUUGCAGGCUGGUUGGCAGCACAGUCCAAAGCGAAGACUCAGAAGCAGCUUCCAAAGGGACUGGCCAAGCCGAAUGCUGCUGGCGGAGGUCUCAAUGUCAGACCAUCGGUUCCAGCGAGGAGCGUUUCUGCUGGCGUAUCCAAUGUGAAGAGACCCACAGUUGCAAGUGCUCGGACUACAGCCUCAGUGACCGCAAAGAAGGAAGUGAAAAGGGAAUUGCCAAAACCCAAAGACGACAACAUGAAUGAUGAUGACUGGGGUGAUGCUUGGGAUUGA